CACUCUACUUCUCAGCGUGAGUUCUCGACUGAUCUGUUGGCCAACACACUGGUUAAAGUUCACGCUCGCAAGGCCAGGGAGGUUGCGGGCGUUAGAAGACGUUUCGAUCCUUACGACGGUUUCAUCAAAUUAAACACUGGACAUUUCGGUCUCGGAUCUCGGAUCUCAUUGGUGGAAUUCAUGCGAUGCUAUACCGGCCCUGUUCCCAUGGAAGUGGAACAGAAACACCAGCUCGGCAUACUCUCCCCAGAUUGUUUCGACGCGUACCCUCGCUACGGUUCCAAUCGGCGAUGCACGGGGCAAAACUUGAGGCGAAUGCUGUCCCUGCUGGUCUCCAUCGUUGCCGAAAAGAUGUGCUAGAACCGGAGCUCAAGUCAACGUGUUGCUGCACCAUGCAUGAAUGCGCACACGAGCCUCCUACCAAAGAAAUCAUGAAAGCAAGUGCAAGAACGGGGCAAGUGCGUGGAAUUACUUGUUCAUCCGGGGAGCUCAUGGUCCACACAUUCCUUUGUCAUGGCGAUUCCAGAUGUUCUCAACAUCCACGGUUUAAUGGAUGCAGGGUGGAAAGAGACACUGAUACCCGGCGGCUCCAGAACAGAUAUCCGCUCUAUCGCCAUCUUCGCAAAGGCCAUACAUGGGUUAUCCUUUGUAUCACGGACGAGAAUACACAUGCUUGGGAAACCCUUUGUCCAGUGGUUCCUUAUGACGAGAUUUCGGGUAUUUGGCAUCUUGUAAACGCCGCUCUCCCAUAGACGGGACAUCCUUUGUGUGAUACAAGAAGCGUACGCUUGCAAAAGUCACCGAUAACCGGAGAUGUAAGGGACAGAGACUUUUUGCGAUCUGUUUAACGGAACCGAAAGAUUUUCAUGGUUUUCCUACAAGCAGUACGGGAUAAAAACGCAAGUACAGAGACGGAAAGAGCCAUUGUUGCAGAGAGUAGGAGGAGCGUGAGUCGGGUGUGGU